CCCGGAGGACCUGACGGUGGCGCUGGGCAGCCCCGACCUGAGCAGCGCGUCCCUGGAGCUGAAGCAGGUCUCCAAGGUCCUCCUGCACCAGGGCUUCCGGAGGAGCGACAUGGACAACGACGUGGCCUUGCUGCUGCUGCAGUCGCCGGUCGCCUUCAGCGGCCUGAAGGCGCCCAUCUGCCUGCCCAGGCCGGCCGGCCCCCCCAGGUGGCGCGAGUGCUGGGUGACCGGGUGGGGACAGACCAGGAGCGGUGACGAGCACUCUGCCACGAGCGACCUGCUGAAGGCGCCCAUGGUCAUCGCGGACUGGGAGGCGUGCGCGCGCGUAUUCCCGAAACUCACCGAAAACAUGCUGUGCGCCGGGUACCAGAACAGGAGCUACGACGCCUGCCAG